AUGCACCACUCUGGCGAGACAGUCUGCGGGCAGAUAGGGUCUCAUCCUGCAUACCAGAUGGAGCUGGUAAACGGCCGCCCUGGACACAGAAUUAACCUGCGCCUCCAUGGACAGCUGCGAGUCCAAAAUGACUCCCAAGCUGUGCACCUGGUUCUUCAGGGGUACAGUUACCCCAUUCAGGACCAGGGAGUCCUCCACACCUGCCCACCACCUCCUGUCCCACCAAAACAGUACUUCUGUCUUGUCAGGAUUCAACCUCAAUCUGUUCGCCGCCAUCCAUCCUACAACCGCCUCCAGGCACAUAAGAGGCUGCUGGAUCAGGCCAGCAGUCCAUCUAGUCAGGAAUCCUGUUCUCACAGCGGCCACCGCUAG